CCGGUUCAGGUGUGCUACACGCAUGCGCACUGCACGGCCGUCAGGUGAAGUCGGCAAUGUAAACCUCUCAUGGCUUCACUCAUUCGCUGCGUCUCCGUGGGAUUGCCGUGACUGGAGCCUUGCAGAUGUCUUUACUGGAGAGGAUAGACUGGAGGUGGCUGUGGAAACUCAUAUCUGCGGUUGGAUAGUCACUCGGUCGGUCAGUUCGCCCUUUCUGCCUCACCCACAGCUUCGCCUCUUCGCCGCAGCUGAAGACCAAGGGGGUUCAUGAUCACCAGGAAGCUCUUAAUUUAUUCACACCUGGAUUAACUCGCAGGCGGCAAUAUAUUUGUCUUUUAUUCCUUUUUGUAACGGGGAGCCUUUUUUCUCUGUCAGAAUGUUGUGGAAAUUAGCUGACAACGUGAAAUACGAGGAUGACUGUGAGGAAAGGCACGACGGCAACAGCAAUGGGAACCCCCGGCUGCCUCACCUGCCAGCGGUCAGUCAGCACCUCUACAGCCCGUCUCCCUCCCUCUCACACUCGGCCAGUUCGGACUUCCAGCCCCCGUACUUCCCGCCUCCCUACCAGCCCAUCUCCUACCCGCAGUCCAGUGAUCCCUACUCCCACCUCGGCGACCCUUUCAACAUCAACUCCAUACACCAGUCGCCGUCGUCGAACCAGCAGCAGGCGUGGCCCGGCCGUCAGGGCCAGGAUGGGCUCGUGGCACACGGGAGGACCGGACUGGCGAGCCAGAUCCUGGGCCUGGAGGGAGGCUCGUCCGGGGUGAGGAGGGAAGGGUUCCGCCGGCCGGAGCUGCUGCCCCCACACCCGCACAGCAUAGAGUCGUCGGUUAUUGGUGAUAACAUGGGGAUGCACGACAUGGGGCACGGACUGGAGGAUGUUCAACAUGUAGAUGACCACAGUAUUAUUAUGGCAGAUCAGACAGUCAUCAAAAAAGUAUUAGGACUACGAGGUGGCAGGAACCUUGAUCGCUUACAGAGGACUUAUUAUCAGGGGGGCAUUCUUGCGGGGCCUGUCACCCUACCCAAAGGCAACGCGCUGGGUCUUCCUUUCCAGAAAGAGUCCCUGCUGGGCAUGGUAUCAAACCCAACAGAGGUGUUCUGCUCCGUACCGGGCCGUCUUUCCUUGCUGAGUUCCACAUCCAAGUACAAGGUUACAGUGGCCGAGGUCCAGAGACGUCUCUCACCCCCUGAGUGCCUCAAUGCAUCGCUCCUGGGAGGGGUUUUACGCAGAGCCAAGUCCAAAAAUGGAGGUCGUUCUCUGAGAGAAAAGCUGGAUAAGAUUGGACUCAACCUGCCUGCUGGAAGAAGGAAGGCAGCCAAUGUCACUCUACUUACCUCACUAGUAGAAGGUGAAGCUGUUCAUUUAGCAAGAGACUUUGGUUACGUGUGUGAGACAGAGUUCCCUGCAAAGGCAAUUGCUGAGUAUCUGGGCAGGCCGCACGUGGAACGUAACGAGGUUAACUCUCGCAAGAACAUGCUCCUUGCUGCCAAGCAGAUCUGCAAGGAGUUCACCGACCUGCUUACUCAGGACCGUUCACCUCUGGGAAACUCUCGGCCGGCCCCCAUCAUGGAGCCUGGAAUCCAGGGCUGCCUGACCCACUUCAGCCUCAUCACUCAUGGCUUUGGCUCUCCGGCCAUCUGCGCCGCCAUGACCUCGCUUCAGAACUACCUGAACGAGGCGCUCAAACAAGUGGACAAGAUGUACCUGAGCUCUGGUAGUGACACCCAGGGCUCCUCAGACAGUGGAAGCAAAUCUACUGACAAAAUGGACAAGCACAGGAAAUGAGAGCUCAAAGGAGAAUCCUUAUGAACUUGAGAACCUCUGAGUCCCUUAAUCUUGCUGCCCUGUCUGCUCUUUUUGGACUUUUUUAAAAUCAAUAUUGAUUGAUAAGUAUUGUCAUUUUGAGAGCUGAAUUUGUGUGUGUGUGUGUGUGUGUGUGUGUGUGUGUGUGUGUGUGUGUGUACUCGCACUGUUAAAUUUAUAUCAUAUUUUUUGGGAAGUUGAUGAUUCUAAGAACUUGUCACAGCUGGCUACAAAUCAGUCUGUGUUGGCACCUAUAGUGAACUGGUCCUAAUGGGAGCCCACCUUGUGAGGGGUGAUACACACUAUAUCAUACUAACCACUAUGCAGUUCCAUACAGUUGCCAAUGUGCUGAUGCUACAACCAUGGGACCUGUACUCUGUUGACAAGAGGAGGAAAAGAACUGUGGCUGUGAUUUCCCCUCAGCCCCCACCCCCAUCUGUCUGGAGGCAAAUCCACUGAUUUCCUGUGUCUCAAUGGACUUGCAAAGGACAAUUUUUUUAUAUGAGAAAGAGAGAAGAAAAUCCGCUUCAUUUUUUGUGCUUGAUUUGUACAACCACUUCAAAAUGGCUCCAGUGUUAUUGUGCUUUGUUCAUGAGAGAUGAUUUGAAUCUUAUGUAGGCCUGAAUGAGAAAAGACACAUUUUGGUUUGUCAGUCUGUGUUUGGUCAGAAACCAGAGACUUUAAAGCCUCUUCAGUGUUCAUGUGGAUUACAGGCAUAGCAAUGCUUCCAUUGUUACUCUAUCUUUUAAACCUGGCAGCAGAACACGUUAUUUUGUGUUAGGUAGUCAUCAUUCUUAAUAUUUAAAAACCUCAAGUUACCAUCAACCUACCAACCAGUUCAGUCCUGCCAGAGUGUAUGUAUGUUGUGAGAAUGUGCGUAAAUGUAUAUAUUUCUUUCUUUAAAAAUGUUUUAAUUAGACAUUAAAUUCCAAACAUAGAAUUUUAUCCAGUGUCUUGUCCUGGAUGUAAAUAUUUUCUAAUUUAUGUUGUAAUUUAAUGGGCUCGUGUAAAUAAUGGUAUCAUUCUGGUGUAUGGUUUCACUUUUUAUGAUGAUGUGUUAAACUUUUAUAAAUGGGUUAGUUUUUUAUCGAGUAGAGGUUAGGAAGUGGGCAUGAUAUACUUUUUUGAAAAUAUGUUAAAAAAAGUUUUAAAGUUUCAGGAAAAAUAAAAAAAAUAAAAUGAAAGACUCAA